UUCUACAGAGCGCCUUUUGGCACUUCUCUCUCCUCUCCCUCCACCGCGAUCCCGUCCUCCGCCGGCGAUCCCUCGCCCCCGCCCCUAUCCAUGACUAUAAUGACCCCUCCUCCCCUCGAUCAGGAAGACGACGAGAUGCUUGUUCCCCAUUCCGAGCUUACCGACGGAGCUCAGCCAAUGGAAGUGGCGCCCGUGGAGACUGCGACCAGGGCCGAGAGCCACCAGCAGCAGCAGCAAGUGGAGGAUCCUCCCACGACGUCUAGGUUUACGUGGACGAUCGAGCAUUUUUCGAGGCUUCACCCAAAGAAGCACUACUCUGAUGUUUUCAUGGUUGGCGGUUACAAAUGGAGAGUGUUGAUAUUUCCAAAAGGGAACAAUGUAGACCACUUGUCUAUGUACUUGGAUGUGGCUGAUUCGGCGGCACUUCCUUAUGGAUGGAGUAGAUAUGCACAAUUCAGCUUGUCGGUGAUCAAUCAGAUAAAUAGCAAGUAUAGUGUCAGAAAAGAAACACAACACCAGUUUAACGCUCGAGAAAGUGAUUGGGGUUUUACUUCAUUUAUGCCCCUCAGUGAGCUUUAUGACCCUAGUAGAGGAUAUAUUGUGAAUGAUACCUGUGUAGUUGAAGCUGAGGUUGCGGUACGUAAGGUAAUUGACUACUGGAAUUAUGACUCUAAGAAAGAAACUGGUUAUGUUGGCCUUAAGAAUCAAGGAGCAACCUGUUACAUGAACUCUCUUCUUCAAACUCUGUACCAUAUUCCCUACUUCAGAAAGGCUGUUUAUCAUAUGCCUACAACAGAAAAUGAUAUGCCAUCUGGAAGCAUUCCCCUGGCUCUGCAGAGCCUGUUUUAUAAACUUCAGUAUAGUGAUAGUAGUGUUGCUACCAAAGAACUAACUAAGUCAUUUGGAUGGGACACAUAUGAUUCUUUUAUGCAACAUGAUGUGCAAGAACUCAAUAGAGUUCUUUGUGAGAAGUUGGAAGACAAAAUGAAGGGAACUGUUGUUGAAGGAACAAUACAACAACUGUUUGAAGGACAUCAUAUGAAUUACAUUGAGUGUAUUAAUGUGGAUUAUAAAUCCACCAGAAAGGAGUCGUUUUAUGACCUUCAGCUAGAUGUCAAGGGAUGUCGGGAUGUUUAUGCUUCUUUCGACAAAUACUGUGAAGUUGAAAGACUCGAAGGAGAUAACAAGUACCAUGCUGAAAACCAUGGCCUACAGGAUGCGAAGAAGGGUGUUCUAUUCAUUGAUUUUCCUCCUGUCUUGCAACUCCAACUGAAGCGAUUUGAAUAUGAUUUCAUGCGGGAUACAAUGGUAAAGAUAAAUGAUCGUUAUGAGUUUCCUUUGCAACUAGACCUUGAUAGAGAAAAUGGAAAAUAUCUUUCUCCAGAUGCAGACAGGAGAGUUCGCAACCUGUAUACUCUUCAUAGUGUUCUUGUUCAUAGCGGUGGGGUGCAUGGCGGACACUACUAUGCUUUUAUUCGACCAACUCUAUCUGAGCAGUGGUUUAAGUUUGAUGAUGAGCGGGUAACAAAAGAAGAUGCAAAGAAGGCUCUAGAGGAGCAGUAUGGUGGAGAAGAAGAGUUACCUCAGACAACACCUGGUUUCAAUAACACUCCAUUUAAGUUUACAAAGUAUUCAAAUGCUUACAUGCUUGUAUAUAUUCGAGAAAGUGACAAGGAUAAAAUAGUUUGCAAUGUGGAUGAAAAAGAUAUUGCUGAGCACCUCAGAAUAAGAUUGAAGAAAGAACAAGAAGAAAAGGAACACAAGAAGAAGGAGAAAGCUGAGGCCCAUCUUUAUACCAUUAUAAAGGUUGCUCGAGAUGAAGACUUGAGAGAACAAAUUGGAAGGGAUAUUUACUUUGACCUAGUGGAUCAUGACAAAGUUCGGAGUUUCCGUAUCCAAAAACAGACGCCUUUCUACACGUUCAAGGAGGAGGUGGCCAAAGAAUUCGGCGUUCCCGUGCAAUGUCAGCGUUUUUGGCUGUGGGCUAGACGGCAAAACCAUACAUAUCGUCCCAAUAGGCCAUUGACUCCACAAGAGGAAGCUCAAUCUGUUGGACAGUUAAGGGAGAUCACUAACAAGUUGCAUAUUGCUGAGCUCAAAUUAUUCUUGGAAGUGGAAAUUGGACUGGAUCUUCAACCUCUUCCUCCACCAGAUAAAACUAAGGAAGAUAUACUGCUUUUUUUCAAGCUCUAUGAUCCUGAAAAGGAAGAGCUGAGGUAUGUGGGAAGGCUCUUUGUCAAGGCUUUAGGGAAGCCAACAGAAAUUCUCUCGAAGUUGAAUAAGAUGGCUGGAUUUCUUCCAGAUGAAGAAAUUGAGCUUUAUGAGGAAAUUAAAUAUGAACCUAGUGUAAUGUGCGAGCACAUAGACAGGAAGCUCACUUUCCGAGCUAGCCAGCUGGAAGAUGGUGAUAUCAUCUGCUACCAAAAAGCUCCCACUCCAGAGAGUGAAGACCAGUGUCGCUAUCCUGAUGUUCCAUCAUUUUUGGAAUAUGUUCAUAAUCGUCAGGUUGUCCAUUUUCGCUCACUGGAGAAACCAAAAGAGGACGAUUUUUGUUUGGAACUGUCAAAGCUUUUCACCUAUGAUGAUGUUGUGGAAAGAGUUGCUCGACAACUUGGUUUAGAUGAUGCAUCAAAAAUCCGUCUAACGUCUCACAAUUGUUACUCUCAGCAACCUAAACCCCAGCCAAUCAAAUACCGCGGUGUUGAGCAUCUUUCAGAAAUGCUCGUCCAUUACAAUCAGACUUCUGACAUAUUGUAUUAUGAAAUACUGGAUAUUCCUCUUCCUGAACUGCAAUGUUUAAAAACUCUUAAAGUUGCAUUUCAUCAUGCCACCAAGGAUGAGGUUGUAAUUCACACCAUUCGAUUACCCAAAAACAGCACUGUAGGUGAUGUAAUUAAUGAUCUCAAGAGUAAGGUGGAGCUAUCUCAGCCAAAUGCUGAACUCAGAUUGCUUGAGGUCUUCUAUCACAAGAUCUAUAAGAUAUUUCCUCCUAAUGAAAAGAUAGAAAACAUAAAUGAUCAGUACUGGACAUUGCGUGCAGAAGAGAUUCCAGAAGAGGAGAAAAAUCUUGGUCCUCACGAUCGCUUGAUUCAUGUCUACCAUUUCAUGAAAGAUCCUAAUCAGAAUCAGAUGCAGGUUCAAAACUUUGGGGAACCAUUCUUCUUGGUUAUUCAUGAAGGUGAAACUUUAUCCGAGGUGAAAGCACGUAUCCAAAAGAAACUGCAGGUUCCUGAUGAAGAAUUCUCUAAGUGGAAGUUCGCAUUUCUAUCACUUGGUCGGCCUGAGUACCUUCAGGAUUCAGAUAUUGUAUCUAGCCGGUUUCAGCGAAGAGAUGUCUAUGGAGCUUGGGAACAGUACCUUGGAUUGGAGCACGCUGACACUGCUCCAAAAAGGCUCUACACAGCCAAUCAGAACCGACACACAUAUGAAAAGCCUGUGAAAAUCUACAAUUAGAGAAUUUCCAAACUUCGGCCUACAGUAUCAAUCUACUCAAAUCCUGCAUCUUUGCCUUCAAAAUGAACGAGAAACUGUAGGCUCAACAAAAGCAGCACUAUUAGAUGGGAGUGCUUAGUUCCCAGGAAAUCAGCUUCUCCGAGGAAAAAUUAAGAAUGUGUGAUGUCUUAUGCAAGUGGGAGGGAGCUCUUUUGAGUUAAAUCUAUUCUUCAUACUCAAAACGCGCCAAUUCGAUGGAGAUCAUCUCCUCCAAACCAGUGUAGUUUUUAGUAUAUAAGUGAUUUUGUGCAGGGGAUGUAUACAGAGUAUAGUUUCCAUGUUAGGGCUGUUUUGUUUGUGCUGUCCGUUCCUGCUGUUAUAUUAUCUCUCUCUAUUUUUUUUUCCUUUUCUUUUGGGUUUUAGAGGCAGAACGAGGUUGUGUAAUGUGGAGGUUGUGUUAUAUGUACGAGAAACGUCUUGUUUUAUCUGCCUAGUGACCUUAUGUGUAGGUGUACUGGUUCAUGUAGUGCAUAUAAUAAUAUUAUCUAGUGUUAUUGGCAGAUUUCGAUAAA